AUGAGUCUUUCAAUAUCGGACUGAAGUUUGAAAUUGCGUUUGAAGUCCGUCCCAGAAGCAGCUCGGGAACUCUUGUCCAUGGCCACAGUGUCAACGGGGAGUACCUGAACGUUCACGUGAAAAACGGGCAGGUCACAGUGAAAGUCAACAAUGGCAUCAGAGACUUUUCCACCUCAGUAACACCCAAGCAGAGUCUCUGUGAUGGCAGAUGGCACAGAAUUACAGUUAUUAGAGAUUCAAAUGUGGUUCAGUUGGAUGUAGAUUCUGAAGUGAACCAUGUGGUUGGACCACUGAAUCCAAAACCAGUUGAUCACAGGGAGCCUGUGUUUGUUGGAGGUGUUCCAGAGUCUCUUCUGACACCACGCUUGGCACCCGGCAAACCCUUUACAGGCUGCAUCCGCCACUUUGUGAUUGAUGGGCGCCCAGUGAGCUUCAGUAAAGCAGCCCUGGUCAGCGGUGCCGUGAGCAUCAACUCCUGUCCAGCAGCCUGACACAACACAGCACAGCUGCCCAAGGACAAAGUUCUUCAGAGCACUGAAACAAACACAAAGCCAGCCAGGAGGAAUAGCAACUCUUCCUCCUUGUGCAAGCUUUCAUUUAGUUGAACAGGACUUAAAUGAAUCAUCAGGGACUGGAUGCUUCUUAUUUCUCAUUUGGAUUCUUACCUUGGAUCCAAAAUGUCUGCAAUGGACAACAAUCGAAGGAGUGGUAAAUGUACUUGUAUUGAGAGCAACUUACUUCCCGCUGGUGAAAUUACUGUUCCUGUUUCUAAUAAAAUAGAAGGGAUUCUGAAUAAACACUGGCACGAAUUUUUGAAGUGCG